AUGGAAAAGGAAUUGGACAAAGUAGUAGAGGAGAUAAUGUCAACUCCUAAUGUGAGUGGGUGUUUAGUGGCGGACCACCAAGGACUAUGUUUAGCUGCUAAAGGCACAGCACACGUUGACUCAGCGGGCAUAGUAGUGGCGAUAUCGGAGCAGGCGUGUAAAAUACAACCGAAUUUGAAACCUCCCACUGUGUGCUUGGAGACGGACAAGAAGCAGUGUUUGAUUCAGCGACAUGGAACCAUCACAGGAGCGAUAAUCAAACAGAAAUCGAUACAAGCAAGAGACAACUGGGCCGUGUGAAAGAUUUAUAAUAGGUAUUGACUGAAAGUUAUCCUCGGAAAAUGAUCGAGUCAGUGAAUUAUUAAAUGUUUAAAAUAUAAAUAACCAUUAUAUGUAACUUGUUUAAAUCUAUGUAAAUAAACUAUUUUAUAUUAUAAACU